CUCUCGGUUUAAUCGAUAAGAAGAGAGACAAGCAAUUGCUUGACCGCUGAGAAUAAGAAGGAUCUUGCACGAAGCGCCCGUCGCCAAUUCUAUCGACUAUGGCUCGUGUACGGAGAAGGUCGAGUAACCUGGGGGCGGAUAUCCGGGGAGACACCACCGCUCCCGCCAUGGCGACCAUGAACGAAGUCAGCCCUAUUGAGCCGGAAGCUCCUAAAUGGGAUCAGGUCUUGCAGGCUCAAGCCGCCGAGAAGUCCUCCAAGCCGCAUACGAAACGUCGCAAGAAGUCCCUGCUCCGUCGCUUCAAGGACACCUGUCUCAAGCAUACCUGGGUGCUGCCUCUCGUCAUGCUCGUUGUUCUACUCGCGCUGUAUGCCGUGAACCCGACCGAGUCCAACCCGAUGCACAGCGCCAUCUUCUUAUCGUAUCCUCAACCUCCCAAAUACCCUGGCGGUCCGAUCAUGUAUGGAAAGGGCCCGAAAGACAUCAGCUUCGUUUGCUUCUAUAUGGUCGUGCUGUCGUUUACUCGGGAAUUCCUCAUGCAACGCGUGAUCCGGCCUUUCGCAGUGUAUUGCGGGAUUCGAGGCCGAGGCAAAACCGCACGGUUCAUGGAGCAAGUGUACACCGCUAUGUACUUUGCGAUCUUCGGUCCCUUUGGCCUGUACGUGAUGAGCCGGUCGGAUAUCUGGUACUUCAACACAACGGGCAUGUUCGAAGGAUUUCCCCAUCGAGAGCAUGAAGGGCUGUUCAAGGCAUUCUAUCUGCUCGAGGCUAGCUACUGGGCCCAGCAGGCGCUCGUUCUCAUGCUUCAAUUGGAGAAGCCCCGCAAGGACUUCCGGGAGCUGGUUGCACAUCACAUCAUCACUCUGGCUCUAAUCGGAUUGAGCUAUCGGUUCCAUUUUACCUACAUGGGUAUCGCCGUUUACAUCACGCACGAUAUUUCCGACUUCUUCCUUGCUACCUCUAAGACCUUGAAUUACCUGGACUCGAUCGUCACUGCGCCUUAUUUUGUUUUCUUCGUGGGCACUUGGAUUUACCUCCGCCAUUACCUGAACCUCAAGAUCCUUUGGGCCGUGCUGACCGAGUUCCGCACCGUUGGACCGUUCGAAUUGAACUGGGAAACCCAGCAGUACAAGUGCUGGAUCAGUCAGUACAUUACUUUUGCCCUGUUGGCCAGUCUGCAAGCGGUGAACCUCUUCUGGCUGUUCCUGAUCCUGCGCAUCCUGAAGAACUACAUCUUCACCAACGUCAAGAAGGACGAGAGAAGCGAGGACGAAGAUUCGGAGGAGGAAGAAGUCGCUGUGACCGAUGCUAACAGCCACGCCACCCUUGCGACCGGUAUCGACGGACCCACGCUGACUGCCCGUGGCAAGGAGAACCAGACUCCCCAGGUCCUGGUCAACGGCGAGCCCGUCAACUCCAAGAACUAGCUCGGUGCAGUUGCGACGGCCAAGACUGGCUGAUUUAUUGGAGAUGCGUCUCCAUCUACGACCCCCGCGGGCUGUAUGAAUUUCUAUGGGCUUGUUUAUAUUGUAUGAACGGACAUUUACGACAGGCUUGUUUGGACCUUGUUCAGAAGAUACUAUUGUUUUUCUUCUCUUUCUUACUUUUGUCCGGUGCUUCUGGUCUACCAGACGUUUCCCUUGAU